AAAACAAAAAAGCACUUAUUCAUUUCAUUCUCUUCGAUUAUUCGAGAACGAAAAAAAAAAGCGAGUGAGAGAAACAAAAACUCAACAAUGGCGUCUUUGCUUCAAGCGAUUGUAGAUCCAAAGAGAAACUGGUUCGCUCGUCAGCACAUGAAAGCCGUUUCUACGCGUCUUCGCAAAUACGGUCUUCGAUAUGAUGAUCUGUAUGAUCCAUAUUAUGAUGUUGAUAUCAAGGAGGCUUUGAAUCGGCUUCCUAAGGAGGUUGUUGAUGCUCGUCAUGCGCGUCUUAAGCGUGCUAUUGAUCUUUCCAUGAAGCAUGAGUAUCUUCCUGAGGAUCUUCAGGCAAUGCAAACUCCGUUCAGGAGCUACCUUCAGGAAAUGCUGACCUUUGUUAAGAGGGAACGAGCAGAGCGUGAAGCAUUGGGAGGUUUGCCCCUAUAUCAACGAACCCUUCCAUAAGUGCAUUAAGUAUUGCAUGAAGCUAUUUUGAUUGGAAUUGGAUGUUGAAAUGUAUUACUGUUGUGGUAGAAUGUUUUUGUUGAAGACGAAAUCUUGGGACAGCUUUGAUGAAACCUUAUAUGGACCACAUUUUUUAGUGCUAUAAACUUCCCUUCAGCAUUUUCUAAUAAAUAAAUGGCAACAAUAAACUGGUUUGCCUUCAUAA